GCUUUUCCUAAACGGUGACACAAAAACACAGCCCAGCUGAGCGACGCGCGCGUUUCUUCGACGCGCGCCGGGCAUGGGCUGCGGGAGCUCCACAACGAAAGAGGCCACUCUCACCACGGACGGCGUGCUUCCUGAGGCAGCUGAGACUGCUGAGCCAGCAGCUGGCGCUUCUGAGGCAGCUGAGGCCGCAGUGGAAGUUCACGCGAUGCAAUCUGAAGCUGUGGCAUCGCAGGAGCGGGUGGAGGAACCCCUUCACCCUUGUGCGGUUCCAGAGGAAGCUUCCCCUCGGCCGCCACAAGAGGCGUCUGGUGCAUCGCCCAAUCUUCCUGUCGCGCCAGAAGCACCUCAGGCCAUCCAUCCGGGAGUUGCUACAAAAGUGGCUCCUCCUCUUCCACCAGCACAGGUCGAGUCUUCUUCGGCUGAAGUGACUGGCGCACAGGGCCACCCACCUCCACAACCAGAGGUGCCUCCGGAGGUCGUGGAUGCUACCGAGGAGGUUUGUGGUGGAGGUUUUGGUGUCGCAGACGUUCCACCCACCGAGAAGGGCUACACCAUUUGUGGCGGUCAUGGUCAAGCAGAGGAGGACGAGAUCGCCCGUUCCGCAGCCUCCAUGGCCAUCGCAGAAUGUUUGCAAAGGGCUGAGGUGGCAGCACAAGGCUAUCACCGAGAGGUUCUCGUCCAGGAGGCCCAGGCCCUGGCAGCGCAACACGUGGAGUCCUGGACAGCCAGUGUCCUCCUCUUACAGCAUGCCUUGGCAGAAGCAGGUUUGGAGAGUGAUCUCAGGCUGCCGGUGGGCAAGACCAUCCACGAAGAGGAGGUCCAUUGUCCGGAUGAUCAGCUCGCACCCCUGGAAGGCACGAAAGAGUUCCUGGAGCUCAUCAAGCCUGGUGAGGAGGAACGGCCGAGCACCGCCAACACCAGACAUGAUGACCUGUUGAGCACUUGUGAUGGUAGCCGUCGAGACCCAGAAAGUCGCUGCGACCUUUGGGAAGGCUCGGAACGCCCGGGCUCCUCAGAUCAGCGCCCUGGAAGCUCCGGAGGGGCGGCUGCCAUGGGCACUCUUGGUAUGCCCAUGGCACCACUGGGGCCCAUGGUACCGCCUCUGGAGGAGGCGCCACACGUGGAGAAGCAGAUCGAGGUGCCCGGCUGCGCUGCUCGCGCCAUGUCACCUCCUGACUAUCCACCUCCCGAGCUACUGGAGCAGCGCAAGGCCGCGCUGCGGGCAGCGAAGCUCGUGGAGGCCGAAGUCUCCGAGGCCAUCCGCGCCGUGACGAAGGGCUAUGCCGCACGUCGCGUGGAGGUCUCUCACCGGCCCUACCUGGAGUCUCAGUCUGCAGCUGAACUGGUGGCGAGCUGUACUCAACAGGCUGUGCAGAAAGAGGUCACCUUGACUCCCGAGCAGCUGCAAAUCCUGCAGGUCGAAGCCGAAGCCGCUGGGUCUGAAGCGACAGCGGCCGAAGCAGCGACAGCGGCCGAAGAGGCAGAGGAUGCCACCGAGUGGAUGCGCUUGGAAGCCGCCAGAAUAGAGGCGGAUGCGUUGAAGGCCUUGAGGUUGCAGGAGGCGUCUGCACGUUCCAACGCCGAUAAGGUGGAGGACGGCUCUCCGUCGUUGGAAGAAGCCACACGGAUGAGGAUUGAAGCUGAAGAGAUUGAGGCAGAAAUCAAGAGAUCGGUGGAGCAACAAGGGCGAUAUGAGGACUUCGAGGCAGAGCUGGUGGACCCUGUGCUGGAAGCUCACUUUGCAGCUGUGCGACAAAGUGAAGCGGAACGCAUGGAGGCGCUCCAUGCCUUAGAAGCAUCACGCGCGGCUGUCCGGAAGGCUGAGCGCCAUCAAGCCGAGGUGGACAUGGCCGAGCAGGCCCGACGCGAGGCUCAAGAGGCGGCGAGGUUCCAAGAAGAACAGGCCAAGCUCCAGCGCCAGCACGACGCACAGCGUCAAGCGGAGGAGCAAACGGCCUUGGAGCGACGUGAGGCACUCCAUGCCUUGGAUGUGACUCGCCAAGUGGGCCGGCAGUCCGAUGCGGACGCCAAGGCAAAGUGGGAGAAGAUGAAAGCUCAAGCAGCUGAGGCGGAACGCGAGGUCAAGGAGGCUGCAGAUCAGUGGAACCGGCAAGCUGAGAAGGCUCAGGAAGAGGCAUUGCGAAAGGCCGAAAAGGCCGACAAGGACAAGGAGGUGGAGAAGGCUUCGAGGCCUGACCCGGAACGUGCCAAGGAUGAGCUGGAACGUGUGCAGGCGGAGGCGGACCAUCUCCUGGCGGCCGCGCAAAAAGCACAGGCCCGGGCGGAAGAAGAGGCACAGAAGGCGCAGGAGAUGCAGCGUGAAGCGGAUCAAGCUGAGGCGAAGGCUCGAGCCGCCCAGAUGCAUGCACUCCAAUGCCGGGAGCAGUUGCGUCGUUCACAGAAGGAGAUCGACGAUGCCGAACGUGCUCGAUGUGAAGCAGUGCUUGCGCAGAUCCGAUGGCGUGUCGAAGCCCGGCGCCUCGAAUUGGAGGAAGAGCUUUUCAGCCAGGCCACGCUGGAUGCGGAUCGACCGGAUCAAAGGGAUUCCUUGGGAGCCUUCCCUCCCGUCAUCAACCACGCACGUGCCAACUUGGACUUUGCCCUGACCCGGGUUCGCACGAAGAUGGAACAGCAUGGCAUCCGGAGGCAGCCGGCAGAAAAGACCGAAGCUCGAGAGAUCAAGGCUCCGCCUGCUUCGCCCUGCACCUACGAGCAGAUGGUGGUUCGCAUGCGGCACAGCUGGGAUCAACGACUAAAGGUUCUGGAAGGACAAGGACGGACCCGAGGGUCUCCACGGCCCUAGAAGCGAGGUCAGUGAAGUGUAGUUCGCAACUGGAGAAGACCUCCGGUAUUUUUGGAACCGCUCCCAAGAGACCGACGACUCCCACGAGAGAACCCGAGCCAAGCCUACCAAGCCGAGCCAACCGAGCCUACGCUUAGCCCCAAAGGGGGGGGCCGAAAGAGCACUUUGGACGAUGUGCGUGUGUGAUGGUUCCGUUCGACA